AAGGGAAGUGAAUGAAGAAAGAGAAGAAGAAAAAGGAAGGAAGUAGAAGGACCCUAAAGAUUACCCCAUUGAUGAGUUGACCUAUAAACCAGAUUUCAAGACGAGAUUGCGGCACGAAAACACAACACAGCUGUAUAAAUCGAUUCCCACAGGCCAUAAGUGUCGAGAAUAUCCCACAGGCCAUUUUCUAUCCUCCAUGUUUCUUCCCUUUUUGUCAAAUUAGCACUUCUGAAAGAGAAAAAAAAGAAUGGGUAAUUGCUUUGGUGUUUCUCAGAGUCUUGAUCAUAACCCAAGUCUUUCCAAUCCCAGCGCCACACCCACCAGAAGUUCUAAUACAGGAACAUCUAAAAGUUACAGCAAUGAAUAUGUAGUUUCUGGGACUAGUAGCAGUGCAUAUAGCAAAUUUUCUGCAAAUGAAGGCGAUGAUGAUGAUGAUGAUGAUGGUUCGCAUAUAAACGGCGGAGAGAUAUUGCCAGCACCAAAUUUGAAGGUUUACACUUUUUCUGAUUUGAAGAGUGCCACUAGAAACUUCAGGUCUGAUAGUGUGUUGGGAAUAGGCGGAUUUGGGACUGUUUAUAAAGGAUGGGUAGAUGAAAAGACCCUUUUACCGGCCAAGUUUGGCAGUGGCAUGAUGGUUGCCAUUAAGAAACUGAAUUCUGAAAGUAUGCAGGGGUUUGAAGAAUGGCAGGCAGAAAUAAAUUUUUUGGGAAGACUUUCACAUCCAAACUUGGUCAAGUUGUUGGGAUAUUGUUGGGAAGAAAAAGAGAUGUUGCUUGUAUAUGAAUUCAUGCAGAAAGGAAGCUUAGAAAAUCAUCUUUUCAGAAGGGGUUCUUUUGUUGAUCCACUUUCUUGGAAGCUACGGCUCAAAAUAGCUAUUGGUGCAGCCCGAGGACUUUCUUUCUUGCACAAUUCAGAUAAGAAAGUAAUAUAUCGGGAUUUCAAAGCAUCGAAUAUUCUCCUCGACAGUAACUUCAACUCGAAAAUAUCAGACUUUGGCCUCGCAAAGGUUGGGCCAUCGGCUGGAAACUCGCAUGUCACAACACGAGUCAUGGGAACACACGGUUAUGCUGCUCCAGAAUACAUUGCAACAGGUCAUUUAUAUGUGAAGAGCGAUGUAUAUGGUUUUGGUGUGGUUCUCCUUGAAAUGUUGACUGGUUUAAGGGCUCAAAACAGUAAACGUCCUGUUGGGCAGCAGAAUUUAGUGGAUAUGGCGAAGCCCUAUCUUUACAACAAAAGGAAGCUAAAAAUUAUAAUGGAUAAGAAGAUUGAAGGCCAAUAUUCAUCCAAGGCAGCAUUUGAGGCUGCCCAAAUUGCUCUUCAAUGCCUAGAAACCGAGCCUCGGAAAAGGCCUUCAAUGAGUGAAGUUGUUCAGGUUUUGGAAAGGAUAGAAGCCAUUAAGGAAAGAUCAUCUAAGCCUGCCCGGUUUCUACCUUCAUCAGAGAACCCUAAGAAGGUUUAGGGUUGGGAGGAGGAGCAUAAAGGAGGGAUCCAAAAUGGUGUAUUUUUUUUUUCUUCUAUUUAUAGAUUGAUUCUUUUCUUUGAAGAUUUUUGUCUGAAGAGGUUUUCAUUAUUUGUAUUGGAAUUUAAUUAUUUACAUUUUAUGUAAAACUCCAAAUUGCAUGUUUGUUGUAAUAAACAAAAAAAAAAAUACAAGGGUAAUUCAUAUGAAAGACUUGAAC